ACAACCUUUACUUCACAACCUACGACAAGAAAAAACAAAUAUAUUAAACAAUGUCUCAAGCAAUGCUUGUGUCUCUUUUGUUCUUCCUAGUUCCAGCAGUCCUGCAAGGAACCAAUGCAGUCACUUACAGUGUCACUAACAAUGCCGCAACAUCCCCAGGUGGUCAGAAAUUCACUAAUCAAAUCGGAUUAGGCUACACUAAACAAGCAUUAUCGUCGUCAGCUGACUUUAUAUUGAGGACUUUCCAGCAGAAUAAUCAGGCUGAUAAGAAGAAUGUUCAGCAAGUGAGUCUGUUCAUCGAUAAUAUGAGCGGAGUCGCGUACACCAGCGGUAACCAAAUUCAUGCAAGUGCAAGGUACAUUCAGAGCUACAGUGGUGAUGUGAAGAGGGAAUUCACAGGAGUACUUUAUCAUGAAAUGGCGCAUGUUUGGCAAUGGAGCAAUGGAGCUCCAGGGGGUUUGAUUGAAGGAAUUGCAGAUUUUGUGAGGCUUAAGGCGGGGUAUGCCCCGAGCCACUGGGUGCAACCGGGGAAGGGUGACAAAUGGGAUCAAGGCUACGACGUCACAGCUAGGUUCUUGGACUACUGUAAUAGUCUCAGAAAUGGUUUUGUGGCUCAGCUCAACAAGAAGAUGAGGAAUGGCUACAGCGCUAGCUUCUUUAACGACCUUUUAGGCAAAUCAGUUGAUCAGCUGUGGAGUGAGUACAAGGCCAAGUAUCAGACUUAGAUAUAUUUGAUAAUGCCAUAAUGGCCACAGCUCAGAGGCGAGUAUUAAUAUUGUCAGGGAUGUAAUGUAUGCACAACUAUAAUAAUUUCCUGACAAAUAAAUCAAUAAAUUCUCUAACUUAUGCACUA